AUGACUGCCAAGAACGUUAACGAAUCCCCCAACCGAACCACUCAACAAGAACAGCCGGAAAAACCCUUCUUACCUUUUUCCAUCGAGAACAUCCUACGAAAAGAUUUCAAGUGCCGUGUUCCGGUCCAGGAAAACAGUCCACCUACAGUACACCAAGUUCGAAGCAAGAAAACAUCAGGAAACGAAGCCAGUACAAAAUCGGCUGAAAACAUCUUCAUGCGACUUCCAUGGCUAGCAUAUACACGUUAUUGUCCGCCUAAAAUACCAAGGUCGAAGCCACGUAAAGGAAAUCGAAAACACAAACUCGACAGAAAUCCUCGCAUUCCUUUCUCAUCGACUCAACUCGCCGCUUUAGAAGCUAAAUUCGUAGACACACAUUAUCUAUCAAGUGCAGAAGUACGACAACUCUCGUCUUUACUGUCUGUCACUGAACACAGGGUAAAGAUAUGGUUUCAGAACCGAAGAGCAAGAGAAAAGAAGACUAAUGGGACUGUUGAGGAGACUUUUGAUGUUGAAAACUAA